GUGGGACUAACGGUCUCCCCAGGCACCACUGCCCGUAAUACCACACAUCUCAUUCGUUAUAUAACCCAUAACCCCACGUCCAUUUAUUUUUCGUCUGCUUCUCUUUAAACUUUUGCCUUCUUUUCUUCUUUCAACAAUUUGUUCGUGAUUUUUUUUCCUCAAAAUUUUGUUAAUUUCUUCAAAAUUAUCUCAAUGGAAGCAAUGCAGAUGAAUGUUUUCUUGGUGGUUCUCAUAGUCGUGUUGGUUGCGAUGUCCGGUAUUCAAAAUAUAGUUGCAGUGGAUGCGCCUGCACCUGCACCUGCUCCAGCCUCGGAUGCUACAAUAUUUGUACCGACCGUCUUUGCUUCUCUUGUAGCUCUUGCAUUUGAACUUCUCUUAUGAUUGAGCUAGCUUGCAUGAACAUCGACUAAUGGAGUAUAUAUAAAGCUCUUUGUUAGUCCAAUAAUAUUUGAUUUUAUUUCGUAGAUGUAAUUUGUGUAGAGUUUUACGUUUUUAUUAGCAUUUUAAUUUCAACUCAAUCUUCCUGUUCCAAGAUGUCUAGUUUCUUGGUGUGUUCUCAUAUGAGUCUGUCAGGUCAUUGAGAUGAGGAUGUUGAGCUUCAUCUAUUUGUAUUUUUUUUUUUGUUUUGCUUUUCAUGUUUAAUUCAUUGGGAUAUUGUCACCUUGCACAUAUAAUCUUAUGUAAUUUUCUACUCCUUAA